AUGUUUGAAUUCCCCGUUCCCAGGCCGCAGUGUCUGGUGAUGACUGGGUAUCCAAACUCCCGUCCUGCUCUCAUUCAGCUGGUGAAUUCUUUCACAAAGAACGUGGGCCUCAUGGUCUGUGCUCACGUCAGGACAGUGACCCGUCGGCCAAACUUGAAGGAGUUAUCUCAGGAACAUGUCCGAUGUCAGCGCUGGCUCAAUAAAAAACGUAUCAAGGCUUUUUACACUCAUGUGUUUGCUGACAACCUGAGACACGGGGCGCAAUUCCUUAUGCAGGCAGUUGGUUUGGGUCGUCUGAAGCCCAACACUCUGGUAAUGGGUUUCAAAAACAACUGGAGUGAUGGAGACAUGAGAGAAGUGGAGAUUUACAUCAACACCAUACACGAUGCCUUUGACCUGCAGUUCGGAGUGGCGAUCCUUCGGCUACAGGACGGACUGGAUAUCUCUCACAUCCCGGGACAAGAUGAGCUGGUGUCGUCCCAUGAGAAGCCACCUGUUGAAAGUAAGGAAAUGGUGGUUACCGUCAGUCUCUCUAAAGACCCAGAAUUUGACUGUCCUUCAAAAAUCACCAGCAACCAGAGCAGCCCACUCAUCAUGAUAGAUUCCAAGUCUCCUCUGAGCCUGACCGACCAGCGUCUGCUGGAGAACAGCCAGCAAUUUAAGAAGAAGCAGGGCAAAGGAACCAUAGAUGUCUGGUGGUUGUUUGAUGAUGGAGGUCUGACUCUGCUGAUUCCCUUCCUGCUGACCAAUAGGAACAAGUGGGGUGACUGCAGGAUCCGCGUCUUCAUCGGCGGGAAAAUCAACCGCAUCGACCACGACCGCAGAGCCAUGGCCACGCUGCUCAGCAGGUUCAGGAUCGACUUCUCUGACAUCCAUGUCCUCGGAGACAUCAACACCAAGCCCAAAAAACACAGUAAGCUGAGCUUUAAGGAGCUGAUUGAGCCGUACAGGCUGAAGGAAGACGACAUGGAGCAGGAAGCUGCAGAGAGGCAGAAGGCCCAGGAGCCCUGGAGGAUCACUGACAACGAACUGGAGCUCUACAGGGCAAAGAGCAACCGCCAGAUCCGACUGAAUGAGCUGCUGAAGGAACACUCCAGCAUGGCAAAGCUCAUCGUCAUGAGCAUGCCUCUGGCCAGGAAGGGCACGGUGUCGAGCGCCCUCUACAUGUGCUGGCUGGAAACUCUGUCUAAAGAACUACCGCCUUUGCUGCUGGUCCGAGGAAACCACCAGAGUGUCCUCACAUUUUACUCUUAGCGAACACACCGCACGCAUGCACACACACACACACACACACACACACACACACACACACACACACACACACACACACACACACACACACACACACACACACACACAUACAGGGUCCACACACUGACAUGGUGUGUGUUACAGUUACACCGCCUACAGCUGCACAACGACAGAGAUAUUAUGAUGCUUAAAGUUUUGUGCCACACUUCUGAAACACUCCUGCUGUGAAAAAAAGUCUAAUGUUUUUCCAUUUGUCUUCAGUUCAGUACAUGUCUGUCUCAUUAACAAAUGUACCAAAUCAUUAUUUUUUAUGUGCAACCCAAUAACUGGCUGUAUAUUCUGUGGCUUCUGUACGGUGGCUGACAAGUGCAAAAGCGCAACAAUAGCCAAAAACACCUACAUUUGAAGAAACGCGCUGCAGUUUCAAACACGAUGCAAAUAUAAAAACAGAAAUGUGCCGCGUUUUCAAAACGAAAAGAAGUUCAAAACACAACAGAAACGGGGACGCUAAAAAGUGAUGCACACAGCUGGGACCAGAGGGCUUGUUAAUGUUAGGGAUGGUACAUUUGGCCAACUGUCAGUUGGCACAGUCUGUUUCAUAAUUGUAAGUGUUUUGUCAGCAUAUUUGAAAUGAUUAGGUUAUCUACGUUAGCUAGCUAGCUUACAGCAGAUCUGCAUAUAUAUUGGAAGGAAUCAUGUGAUGAAAUUGUCAAAAUAAGCCAAUAAACAACAACAUUUUAGCAAUUUUAUAAUCCCUGGACGUCAACCAGCGCCCCCGGUCCCAGCUUUGUGCCUCACUUUUUAGUGUCCUCAUUUCAUAUUUUGUGCUUCUUGCAGCGUCUUGUAUUUUUAUUGUUUUAUUUAUGCAGCGCUUUUAGUAAACACUGCACAUGUUUCGUCAAGUUGGUGAAGAUAUUUCUUCAAAUUCACAUUGAUUUUGAGCGCAUUACACCUUAAGGAAAUGUUUUUAGGCGUUGUAGGGCUUUUGCACUUGUAGGCCACCGUACUUCUGUGAGUUUUUAUUUAAACUGCCGUGCAAAUUAACUUAUUUUAUUGGUUAUUUAUAUUGAUUAAGUCAUGUUUCAGAAUGUUUGCUGGUAUUCAGGUGGCCUGUGUCUUGAAAUUGUAUUUUCACAGGGUUUCCAGUAGCAAGACACUGUAUUUGAGUUAACAUUAUUUUGUACACUGUUUGAUUAAAAUAUUUACUAAA